AGUGUGUGACGUCACGAGGCUGGCUCGAGGCGGACGUGUAGGUAUGAAAACAGAGGGCGAGCCAGCGGCGCCAUGUGUCUCUGUGUGUCCGCGUCCCCGAGAGUGUGUGUGCUGCAGCGGGGCUCGGCGCGGGGUUAGACCGAUUCUCCGCGGUGUGUUUGGAGCAGAGCGAGCCCGAUGAGGCGGUGUGUGAGGAGUGUGUGUGUCGGGGAGAGUGUGUGACUCGGGCGCUGCAGUUCGAGAGGAAACGGCGAUCAGUCCGGGAGUAGAACAACAGCUGGUGCGGAGUCAUGGAGGGACGCAGCGGGGAAGGUGCAGGGGCAGAUCCCACAGAUCCGGAGCACGAUCGGCAGUACUGCGAGCUCUGUGGCAAAAUGGAGAACCUCAUGAGGUGUGGCCGCUGUCGCAGCUCCUUCUACUGCAGCAAGGAUCACCAGAAACAGGACUGGAAGAAGCACAAGCAGGUCUGCAGACAGGCCGAGAGCAAUCCCCGCCUUCCCCCGCACACACACCCGGGGCAGCCCGGCAGGAAGGAGCAGGACCCGCAGCAGAACCAGCAGCACAGCCAGAGAGCGGCAGCGGUGGGGGACGGCCCGGGGGACUGCACGGGGGACGGCACGGGGUGCGAGGGCUCACCCGACUCUGCCAAGACACACGUGGACACCGAGAGCACCUGCUCCGGGUCCGAGAGCGUCUGUGUCCCCCAGCACACCGGGAACAAUGUCUCCAGCAGGCACGGGCUGUCUCCUCACCAGAAACAGGCCACUGAGUACAUAGGCCCCUGUAUGAACAAACACGGAAUAUGUGUGGUCAAUAACUUCCUGGGGGAUGAGCUCGGGCUCGGGGUGUUGGAGGAAGUCCGGGCUCUCUACAGCUCCAGGGAGUUCACGGACGGACAGCUGGUCAGCCAGAGGAGUGACUCCACUAAGGACAUCCGAGGGGACAAGAUCACCUGGAUCGAGGGGAAGGAGCCGGGGUGCGAGAAGAUCGCUGUCCUGAUGAGCCGCAUGGACGAUAUAGUCCGGCACUGUAACGGCAAACUGGGCAACUACAGGAUUAAUGGAAGGACGAAAGCGAUGGUAGCUUGUUACCCAGGUAACGGUGCUGGAUAUGUGCGGCAUGUGGACAACCCUAACGGUGAUGGGAGAUGUGUGACGUGCAUUUAUUACUUAAAUAAAGACUGGAACGCCAAGGAACACGGUGGUGUCUUGCGGAUCUUUCCAGAUGGUAAAGCCCAGUUUGCUGACAUCGAGCCCUUAUUUGACAGAUUGGUAUUUUUUUGGUCAGACAGACGGAACCCACACGAGGUCCAGCCUUCUUACUCCACUCGGUAUGCCAUCACUGUGUGGUAUUUUGAUGCAGAUGAGCGAGCGCGGGCUAAAGAGAAAUAUUUAACUGGUGCAGUAGACAAAGGAGGGAAACCGGUCGACUGAGCCUCGCUGACGAACAAGAGCCGAGCGCGCCUGACUGAUGGACGAGGAGCGGAUUACACGGACGAGGUGUCAACCUUCAGAAUGUGUGUUUUUAUCACCUGCUGCUUAAAGACAUGGAUACCGUGCGAAGGAAGGACAGGACCGACUGUGAUUUGUCUUAAUUGUGAUAGAACUGUGCUGAAUGGAGAGGAGAGGAGAGGCAUGCAGUGUUGCAUGUGUAGGAACAGAUCAAAAGUGCUUAAAUUAAGCACAAGUGUGUGUGUGUGUGUGUGUGUGUGUGUGUGUGCGCUACAAUCAGAAAACAAGGAUUUUUUUGAUAAAUGAAUAAAUUCUCUAAAAGCCCAAAAGAAACAAUACUGUGGAAAGUCUCCAGGAUCGAGUCUCCAGCCGAUAGAUCCUCACCUGCGCUGCGCCAGUCCGGGUCACAUGGACGGUCCUGGAGGUCUGUCUUUCUUUACGCGCAUGUUGUAACGUCCAGGCCAGUGAUGAACAAUAUGAAUUGUAACAAGUGUCCGUUAUCACAGACGUUACGCCUGCUGUCUGUGAUCUGACGCCUCCGUAUUUGAAACUUCGCACCCUUUUUAGCUGGAUGAUGGGCGUGGCAUCACCCCGUCGCCAUGUGAGAUGGAGACACACACCAGGAUUCUCUUAAUAAUUCAGGACCUCCUCAGACAUGUGGUUGGAAAAUCUCAUGGGUUAUUGCAAGCUACGAUUAGCAUAAAUGCUAUAUAUGCUAUAUAUAUAUAUAUAUAGCAUAAUUUAAUAUGCAGAGAUUAGUUAUUAUUAAACUCUAUUGCUUAAACAGGAGCCCUUUAAAGAACUAUAAAAAGAAGAAGAAGAAGAAGCAUGGGUCAGUCCAGGAGUCAGAUUUAGGAUUUAUACACUAUAUCUUCUUAUCCGAGUCAUUUUGUCAGUCUGCAGAAGAUCCACACGCUGCUUCUCCUGAGCUUAAAUGAAAUGACGGAGUAAAAGAUGUAAUGUAGCUGUUUUUAAAGAGACUUUUAAUGAAUUAAAUGAGAUGUGCCGCGUGUGUGUGCCGUCUCGAUGAGAACCGAACGUUGGCUGUCAUUUUUUUAGCAUCAUUUUAUAUGUUUUUAUACUUCAUUUAUUAAACCCAAAGGCCCUUAAUCUAUUCUACACAACAGUUAAGGUUAUGAAUGAGCGCGGCCGGCUGUCUGGUGUAGACGCUCCUCAUGGAAGAGUUCAAUCUAAGCUCACACUCUCCGUAGUUACUCAUAUGGGGGGGUGCUGGGUUAUAGAGAAGGAGUCGGGAGAUUUUUGGGAUUUCUCACAAGCUACUGAAUUCUCACACCCAGACGUGUGUAUUUAUUAAGAGCCAUGAGAAGGAGGAGUUAUUAGUGUUGACACUGAAACGUCCUGAGUAUUAACUCCUGAUGAUGAGCUCCACACUGAACCACUAGAGAAACAUAAAAGCACUCGCUCCAGCUUCACCCCUCACCUCCAGUCCUCACACACUCC